UUAAUUAAAGAUCAGGUAAUAAUGGGAAUAAGAAAUCACAAAAUUAGAGAGAAACUGUUAAAUUCAGACAAGGUAGUAACUCUAGACUGUGCAUUAACUCUCAUUCGUGCGCAUGAGCACACAGUCAUGCAAUUAAAGUCGAUGAAUGAGAGCAGUGGAAAUACACAGCAGCAAGCAGCAGAAGUAAAUAAACUUUUCAAACAUAAAACAUACAACCCGAGAUACACUAAACCUAUAUCGAAACCUAAGGCAGCUCAUAAUCGCACCACGACAUGCCAUAACUGUGGGGGCGUGUACCCACACAAACAGGGAAAGCCGUGCCCUGCAGCAGGUCAGACAUGCCAUUCGUGCGGUAAAAGAAAUCAUUUCGCAAAAUAUUGUCGUAGUAGAGGAAGGGCUAGAGCAGUUAGCGUAAAACCUGUCAAUCGCGAGAGUUCAGAUGAGGAAUAUGUAUUCGCAAACAAGUGUUUAACAAAAAAGGGCCUCCCAAGUUGCGAAGUAGAAAUUGCAGGGGUGAAAAUUAAAGCCGCAAUGAAAGCCAAUGCUGAUAAACACUUACACGCUAAACCAACAACCAUAAACAUCGGUGACAAAGUACUCAUUAAGCAGAAACGUAGAAAUAUCCUCGACCCUCCAUUUAAUCCGGAAACUUUUGUUGUCGUCGAAAGGAAGGGAAAUUGUAUAACAGCACAACAAGGCGAAAUUUCUAUCACCAGAAACUGUACCUUUUUCAAGAAGCUAGCGAUCAUGCAAAAUAAAGAAUGCAUAACGGGAAACGAAUCACAACCAACCACCAGAGCACCAAUAACCAAACCGCAGCUAACUCCAACUCGACACUCUACUAGAAUCAAGAAACCUCCCACAAGCUUAAAUGACUACGUGGCGGAAUAAUGAACAUUUCUAUUUUAAACAUAAGCAUAUCACUUCUAAAAUUCUGAAAGGAAAUUUGAACUGUUGUUUUGAAUUCAGAAAGUUGAUAUUUAAAGUUGUUAAAGCACUGAGUUCAAGUGCACUGUUUAGAACUUAAUAGAAAAAUUAGUUUAGAACUUGUUUGAUGAGCUGUGCUCAUGUGUUUAAAUUUUAAAGUUAAUUGACGCAUAACAAAAAAUAUAUAUAUACACAUUAGACACUGUAAUCUGAAUGUCAGCUGUUUAUUGUUAAUCUGCUAAAGAAAUAUACUAGUCACAUCAUUACAUAACAGAAGACAAAUAUAUACUGUAAUCAUCUAAAGCUAAUUUAAAUUCAAUCUAAACAAAGGGAGGGAUGUAAUAUCUAUUAUAAAGAUUAUCGGUCCAGCGCCCUCUCUAGGUGCUAGGGGCUACCAAUAUGGCUACGGUCCAUCGUGUACACGGCGAAAUACAACCUUGUUAUUAAAAUCAGCUUUAUACGUUA